AUGGAUGUACAAAGAACAUCCACUAUUUUCAACCCUGAUAACAUGAGCAGAACAGAAGAUGCAACAAUCGUUGAUAUUAGAAAACUGCCUGCGAUAAAUCUGAAUCUACAGAAAAAGUGGAAAGUGAAAGAGAAUAAGCCAAAAUACAUAAAUUGCACUAAUCAAAUUUGGAAGAGCACAUUGCAUAGGUCACUCACUCCUAUAGCCUUACUGCUUAAAGUUCGAUUAUUCAUGUUGGAUUAUAAUACGAAAUCAGAUUUCAGAGUGCUUUUUGAAGAAGAGAAUGAAAUUAUUUUUGGAGAAGUAAAGCCACCUUGUGUCUCAAAUAAUGUAGUAAACCACGCUUUGAUCAAAAUUGCUGAAUUCAUGAAAGGAUCACUGGAUUCUCUACAUAAGCAGUUUGGGUAUUCUUCAUGUUCAGAAACAUUUAGAGGCAUAAUUAAAGGAAGGAUAUUGUUACCUACUGAAGAUGCAAAUUUUUUAAAUCUAGUAACUGUUAUCUCAACUUUUUAUAGUUUGUUAGAAAAAGUCGAUCGUUCUAUUGAGGAAUUGAACAGACCAUUUACACCUAUCAACCUUUCGUAUCAUAAAGAAUCAAAUUCAUCUUUUCAUAAAGUUUGCAUUCCAGGCUUGAAAAUUCCACCUCCAGCAAUUGAUUGA